GAAGACAGUCUUCUUGCGCAACCUCACUCCGGAGAAGGCUUUGUUGUUUAUGCUGGUGGGUGCCUCCACGGGCUGGCAGAUCUCGCAGGGUGCCAGCUUCAGACGCAGUGCCAAAGUGUCCCUCAUUUCUCCAUCAGAGAAGCUCAAGAUCUUGCAAAGUCCACCGUCCACAGUCCCACCAGUUGUGCCAGAAGACUGGGCGCAGCGCUUUGGGGCAGACAACGUGCCGCUUUUCUGGAACGAGUCCUUGACGACUGGAAAGUCUCGACAAUCUUUGAUUGCAGCCCAGGGUCAGGUGCCCUCAUGGAAGCUGCGCUUACACGCGGUGUUGUCUACCAUGGACUUUGUCCAAUGCUCAGAGAAUGCCAAAGUGAGAAAGCACUCAGGGCUUGCGUCUACCAAAGACGAAGAAGAUGAGCCCAUGGAACCUGCCAGUGACAAUGAGGGCAGUAAGUAG